UUCCCACUCUAUAUUUACACGCACUGGCAUUACACACACAGGAGGUUUCUCUUCAAAUUCUGCAAAACCCUUCACACAAGAAUUCAAUCUUUGUCACGUUCUAAUAGCCUGUCCAACGGUGUGAAGAAAAAGGCGAAAGCUUUUUAGGUACGGCGGCUUGGACAAGAGAUUUUAUGUCGGCAAGUUUUGAUUUGGGUUUUGUGUGUGGAGCUCUGUUCAAGCUCUGUUUCUCAUCGAUUCCCUUUUUGACUUGUGCUCGUCGCAUGCGAAAAACCCUCUGCUGUUCGAUUCAGCAGAGCGACCUCUCUUUCUUCCCGACUGUUUCGAUGCGUUUGAGGCCCAAACGGACUUGUACUGGAGUUGUUUGUUUUGGGGGAUUUCACAUAAACCGGUUGAUAAAUCGAUUAACGUGAGGAAUCCAACGCUUCGAUUCUUGAAUUAGGGAUUUUUGGUUGAUUGAUUUGUUCAUUUUUGGGGUAAAGAUUUGAUUUUUAGAGGGGUUAUUGAUUUGUUUGUUACUAUGAGAGAGAUGGCAGAGCCAGUUUUGUUCAACGUCGAAUCUUUGUUGACCGGAAAAGCGAAGGUCCGACCCCAACCCGUUAAGCAGAUUAGGAAGAUCCGGAUCAUUUACAAUGACCCGGAUGCCACUGACUCAUCCGACGAUGAGAGAGAGGAGGUGGAGAGAGAUAGGAGAGUCAAGCGCUUUGUUCAUGAAGUCGUGGUGAAUCCGAACCCGAACCCGAAGGUUUGUGAAUCCCAGAGCUCCGGCAAUCUCGAGAAAUGCUCGAAGAAGAAGAGGGCAAUUUCCGAGACUCCGCAGAAUCCCACUACUGGAAAAUACAGAGGCGUGCGGCAACGCAAAUGGGGGAAAUGGGCUGCGGAAAUCCGCGACCCGUUUCAGCACAAACGGGUCUGGCUGGGGACCUUCGAUUCGGCUGAGGAAGCUUCUAGAGCUUAUGAGAUGAAGCGGAUGGAGUUUGAGGCGAUGAGCAACGGCGCUGAGCACAUCGGGAAGAAGCUCCGGAAAGAUGAUUUCAUCUGCGUGUCCGAGGGUUCGAGCAGCGGUAGCGUUGCUUCGCAGACGAGCUCCUCGUCUGCGACGCCGGCUGUGGCGGAUGUCGGCUCGACAACGUCUUGGGUCCUCGAUUGCAAGAGUGAGGAUGCUGUGGUUGAGAAUGAGAAGAGUGAGGAAUUUAAUUUGCUGAAUGAGGGAUUAUUGGGAGGAUUGGAUCAGAUUGAUUUGGAUACGGAGCUCGAGAACUUCCUCGCGGGCGACAGCUUCGUGCCGUGUUUGGAUGACUUCAACGACGAUGAUUUCCCGAUUUUUGGAUUUGAUGACGGUGAUCGGGGAAGUGCAUUGCCGGAUUUUGAUUUUGGUGACGAUGAUCAGGGAAGCGCUUUGCCGGAUUUUGAUUUCGAUUUCAACUUGGAGGAGGCCUGUGGCGACGUGCUGUCGUGGAUCGAUGAGCCGGUGGAGGAGCCGAUGCCGAUUGAUGGGAUCAAUGGAGGGGCGGCUUCUUUCAAUAUAGCAUGCUUAUGAGUUUUGCAGUUAGGAUUUUUGUUUAGUAGUACUAUCUAAGUAUGUUUUAAUUAUGAGAAACAAUGUUUCUAUAACUGGAUAAUCCAGUCUGGAAAUGUUGUUAUUAAGAGUAUUUUUUGCUUUAUUUUGAGAGGUGAGAGUUCUUUUUGUAAGAGUUCGGAGUAUCCUUUGGUUUUUGAUUCUUGUGCUUUUUGAGCCGUCCAAAGGGGUUCGGAUUCGAGAUAGUAAAAUCAUGUUAUUGAAAUUUUAUUUAAGUA